UUGUCAGCUGUUCUUGUUUUGCUUCUCUUUUGCUCAUCUUUUCCUCCGGGCUCUGGAAAACCAAAGCCCGAAACCACCGUACGGUUCUGGCGGAAUUCGUGAGUGUUUUUAGCCGUGAAACCCGCCGCUUCCGCUCCGAAAUACCACCUCCUCCACAUUUAUGCCCAAACCGUCCUCCGCCGACAUCGAGCGACGAGGUGCGGCCGGUCCCAGGCCUCCGGUCCAGUUUGGAGGGAGGGAAGGAGGUCGCCGGGAGUCGGAAUGGAGGCCGCGGAGGGUCCGGGCGCCGGGCGCGGGGAGCACGAGCCGGGCUCGCGCUUCGGCUGCGCGUCCUUCAACCAGGACUCCACGUCACUGGCUCUGGGAACAAGAACUGGCUACAAGCUGUUUUCCCUGACCAUGGCUGAAAAAGUGGACUGCAUCCAUGAGAGUGAGACUCCAGAUGUCUACAUUGUGGAGCGUCUUUUCUCCAGCAGCCUGGUAGUCGUGGUGAGCGCCACCAUGCCACAACGCAUGAACAUCUACCACUUCAAGAAAGGGACGGAGAUUUGCAACUACAACUACCCCAGCGACAUCCUCGCCAUCAAGCUCAACAGAACGAGGCUGGUCGUGUGCCUUGAAGAUUCUAUUUAUAUCCAUAACAUCAAAGACAUGAAACUGCUCAAGACUCUGCUGAACACUCCACCCAACCCCUCAGGUCUCUGUGCUCUCUCCAUUAGUCACUCUAACUCUUACCUGGCAUACCCUGGCAGCGCAACCAUUGGAGAGAUAAUAGUGUAUGAUGCCAACAGUUUGAACCCAGUAACGAUGAUCCCGGCUCAUGAUAGCCCUCUGGCAGCUCUUGCCUUCAACGUCUCUGCCACCAAACUUGCCAGUGCCUCAGAGAGGGGUACGGUCAUCCGAGUCUUCUCUGUUCCAGAGGGUCAGCGUCUGUUUGAAUUUCGCAGAGGCAUGAAGAGGUAUGUCAACAUAAGCUCCUUAUCCUUCAGUCCUGACUGCCAGUUCCUGUGUGCAUCCAGUAACACGGAGACAGUACAUAUUUUUAAAUUGGAACAACUAGGACCGAGUGGAGAAGACCAGGCUGAUACCUGGACAGCGUAUGUGGGGAAAAUGUUUUCGGCGGCCAGUAACUACCUCCCAACUCAAGUUGCAGGCAUGAUGUGCCAGGACCGGGCUUUUGCCACCGUCCACCUCCUCUCCUCUGGUCAGAGGAAUGUCUGCACCUUGGUCACGAUCCAGAAGCUUCCCAGGCUGCUUGUGGCCACUGCUGAUGGUCAGUUGUUCAUCUAUGAUGUAGACCAACUGGAGGGCGGCGAGUGCAAGCUGGCUCAUAAAUACAGGGUUUUCGGUGUCAAUGAUGACAAAGAUGAAGGAGCAGAGCCGGCGGGGUCAGGGGUCAUGAGCCCCGUACAGUCCACUCCCUCGUAUGCUGAAACCGCUGCCUUACCGGCCUCCGGCCCCGUGACCGCAACCCUCACUGGCUACUCUGAAGACAGUGGAGCAAAGAAGGGGGAGGUCAUCCCAGAGCACGAGUUUGCUGCUGGACCCGUGUGUCUGGACGACGAAAACGAGUUUCCUCCUAUUAAUUCAUGCUGCGGUGGGACUGAAGGUGGCCGGGGGAGGCGCUGGUGA